CUACGGAGAGCUCACAUGACCUGCCUUCUGACGUGGCAGACCUGUAGGUACACAGCAAUCUUGAAUCUAACAAGCUGAGCGCCUGGCACUGAAAACACGCUGAAUGUCGUCGUGCUCUGCCUUUGGCAAAGAAAUAGAAUCCAUUUAGCUUCUUAAAGUUUCAUCAGAGUUCAAAAUGCAGCAGUUGGUUUCUUGCCUGGGUGUGUGGUUUUUCCUCCAGCUUCCCAACUUUGGUUCUGGAACACGUGUUGUCUACAAAGUACAGGAAGAGCAGCCACCCAAUACACUCAUUGGAAGUUUGGCAGCAGACUAUGGCUUCCCAGAUGUAGGACAUCUCUAUAAAUUAGAGGUGGGUGCCCCCUAUCUGCGUGUGGAUGGCAAGACUGGUGAUAUCUAUACAACAGAAACUUCCAUUGAUCGGGAAAGCCUGAGAGAAUGCCAGCACUUGUUCCCAGGAGAUCCUUGUUUUCUGGAGUUUGAAGUUUCUAUCACAGACCUGAUGAACAAUAGCCCUCGCCUACUGGAGGGGCAGAUUGAAGUUAUGGACAUCAAUGACAAUACACCCAACUUCGCAUCUCCUGUCAUCACAUUAGCCAUUCCUGAAAAUACCAAUAUUGGUUCACUUUUCCCUAUUCCUUUGGCCAUGGAUCGUGAUGCUGGUGCCAAUGGUGUUGCUUCCUAUGAACUCAUGCCUGGUUCAGAUGCUCAGAAACUUUUUGGCUUGCAAGUAGCAGAGGAUCAAGAUGAGAAACAGCCACAACUAAUUGUAAUGGGAAACCUAGACCGGGAGCAGUCAGAGUCUUAUGACUUAACUAUCCGGGUUCAAGAUGGAGGUAGCCCAUCUCGUGCUAGCAGCGCUUUGUUGCGGAUCACUAUUCUGGACAUGAAUGAUAAUGCACCAAAGUUUGAGAAACCAUUGUAUGAGGCUGAACUUUCAGAAAAUAGUCCUAUUGGUCACUCUAUACUGCAGGUGAAAGCCAAUGAUUCUGAUCAGGGUGCCAAUGCCGAGAUUGAUUAUUCCUUCCAUCAGGCUUCAGAUGUAAUUCAUCGGCUGCUACGCUUAGACAGAGCCACUGGACUCAUCACAGUACAAGGUCCUGUUGAUCGUGAAGAUAUUAAUGUGCUCAAGUUCUCAGUGUUGGCUAAGGACAAGGGAGCUAACCCCAAAACUGCCCGUGCCCAGGUAGUGAUCAAUGUCAGGGAUAUGAAUGAUAAUGCUCCAUCAAUUGAAAUUCGUGGUAUUGGUUUGGUGACUCAUCAGGAUGGCAUUGCCAAUAUUUCGGAAGAUGUACCAGUUGAAACACCGGUGGCUUUGGUACAGGUGUCUGAUCGGGAUGAAGGUGAAAAUGCUGUUGUAACCUGUGUAGUGGCUGGUGAUGUACCUUUUCAGCUGCGACAAGCCAGUGAUACUGGCAGCGAUAGCAAAAAGAAAUACUUUCUACAGACCACUACACCGUUGGAUUAUGAAGCAGUGAAAGAGUAUACCAUUGAGAUUGUAGCUGUGGAUUCAGGUAAUCCACCCCUGUCAAGCACUAAUUCCCUAAAAGUGCAGGUGAUGGAUGUCAAUGACAAUGAUCCAGUGUUCAGCCAGAGCUCAACAGAGGUGACAUUUCCUGAGAAUAAUUCGCCAAAUGACUUGGUGGUAGAAGUGAGUGCUACUGAUGCAGAUAGUGGAUCUAAUGCUAAACUGGUCUACUCCCUUGCUGGAGAAUCUUUAUCAAAAGACACCUUCUCAAUUGAUCCAGAUUCUGGUGAAAUCCGUGUAAAAAAUGUGCUGGACCGGGAACAACAAGAACGCUAUGAAUUCUUAGUAGUUGCAACUGACAAGGGUAGUCCUAGCCGCAAAGGGACUGCCUCAAUUGCCAUCAAUGUCAUGGAUCGCAAUGAUAAUGAUCCAAAAUUCAUGCUCAGUGGCUACAAUUUUUCUGUCAUGGAAAACAUGCCGCCGCUGAGUCCAGUGGGCAUGGUGACAGUUAUUGAUGCAGACAAAGGAGAUAAUGCUGUCAUUCAACUCUCAGUGGAACAGGACAAUGGUGACUUUGUCAUCCAAAAUGGUACUGGAACCAUUCUCUCCAGUAUAUCUUUUGAUCGUGAACGACAGAGUACUUACACUUUCCGGCUUAAAGCUGUAGACGGGGGAGAGCCACCUAGAUCUGCUUAUGUGGGGGUGACAAUCAAUGUAUUAGAUGAGAAUGACAAUGCUCCUGUAAUUAUAUCUCCAUCCAAUGCUUCCUAUAAACAUAUUCUGCCUAAUACUAGUCCUGGGCAACAGGUUAUGAGUGUUGGAGCUGAAGACAUUGAUUCUGGGAUUAAUGCUGAAUUACUAUUUAGAAUUGCUGGGGGAAACCCCUUUGAACUCUUUAAGAUUUCAUCUGUAAGUGGAAAUAUCACACUAGAAAAAGAGAUUCUCCGCAAGCAUCAUGGACUUCACCGCUUGGUUGUACAUGUAAAUGACAAAGGGAAACCUUCUCACCAUGGCACAGCAUUAAUUCAUUUCUAUGUGAAUGAAACAUUGGCUAACCGGACACUGUUAGAGACUCUAGUAGGACACAGUUUGGACACACCUAUUGACAUUGACAUUGCUGGUGACCCAGAGUAUGAGCGCAACAAGCAGCGCAGUAAUAUUUUGUUUGGAGUCAUUGCAGGCAUAGUAGCUGUCACCUUGAUAAUUUUGCUUGUUGUGCUGGUACGCUAUUGCCGUCAAAAGGAGGCCAAAAGUGGUUAUCAAGCUGGCAAAAAAGAAACUAAGGAUCUGUAUGCUCCCAAACAAAGUAGCAAAGGGAACAAAGCUAAAGGCAAAGUGAAAAAAAGCAAAUCCACUAAGCCACCCAAACCAACUGAGGAUGAAGAAGAAACAGGUCUGCAGAAAUCACUUAAAUUCAACCUUAUGAAUGAUUCUGUAAGUGACAGUCCCCGCAUCCAUCUGCCUCUUAAUUAUCCACCUGGAAGCCCUGACUUGGGCCGGCAUUACCGUUCCAAUUCACCUUUGCCUUCCAUUCAACUGCAACCCCAAUCACCAUCUGCCUCCAAGAAGCAUCAGGUAGUACAGGACCUCCCAGCAACCAAUACAUUUGUGGGCACUGGGGACAGCAAUUCUACAGGCUCGGAACAAUAUUCAGACUACAGCUACCGUACCAACCCUCAGAAAUACACCAAUAAACAGUUACCUCAUCGCCGAGUGACAUUCUCUGCAGCCAAUCAGGCUCAAGAUCUGCAGGAUCCCUCCCAGCACAGUUACUAUGACAGUGGCCUUGAAGAGUCAGAAACACCUAGCAGCAAAUCUUCAUCAGGGCCUCGGAUAGGGCCUCUGGCUCUACCUGAGGACCACUAUGAGCGCACCACACCUGAUGGCAGCAUUGGUGAGAUGGAACAUCCUGAGAAUGAUCUCCGACCUUUACCUGAUGUAGCCUUGACAGGGACCUGUACUCGAGAAUGCACAGAGUUUGGUCACUCUGAUACCUGCUGGAUGCCAGGUCAGUCCUCUCCAAACCGGCGGCCCAAGAAUGCCCUCAAACUCUCCACAUUUGUGCCUUUUCAAGACAGAGGGAGUCAAGAACAAGUUGGCAAUGGAAGCCCCAGACUCUCAGAAGAGCGCAACACCAAAAUGGCUAACCUCCGCCUGCUCCCCACAUACAGUGCCUUCUCCAACAGUAGCCAUGAGCCCUGCAAGAAUUCCCCCAUGGAGGAAAUCCCUCUCACCCAGACCUCAGAUUUCCAGACAGCCACCACACCAUCAUCCCAAACUGCCAAACGAGAGAUCUACCUGUGAGAGUGAGGAGGCCACAUAAUAUCUGAAAACAAUGCUGAGACCAGUGUCUAGUGCUCCACUAUGAAGUGACUUUUCAAACUGUGAUUUUUUAUCACUCAGAUUGGCAGUUCUGUGCCUGUCAGAUGAGACUGCCUUGCCCAGUCAUUGGGCAUGGAAACACUUCAUUAACUGAUUCCUCACUGGGCAAGGGAACUGACAUCAACCUGAAUAGCCAAGCUCUCAAUAGUGUGGUCCAUGGAUAACUGGAAAGAGAGAGAAGGGAAUAUAGUGAAGAGAGCUUGGCUUCUUGGUUUCAGGGCUGGGGUGGGUGGGAAAUGGCUU